AUACAAAAAACAAAGAUAAAUGGAUGAAAACGACAGCCCAUGAUGGAAUAAAAAAUGAAAAGAGCUUCAAUUCGAUCUGUAAAAGCCACCCAACCCCGCUUGGGCAAAGAAUUUGUCUCCGGAAAUGGGUGAAGCCAGUAAGAUGGUGUCUGUGGAUGAGGCGCUCCAAACAGUGCUGAGGGUGGCUCAAAGGCUGCCGCCUGUGACGGUGCCUAUCCACCAGGCGCUGGGGAAGGUCUUGGCCCAAGAUGUUGCUGCUCCUGACCCGCUUCCGCCUUACCCUGCAUCUAUCAAGGAUGGGUAUGCUGUAGUUGCUUCAGACGGUCCUGGUGAGUAUCCCGUAAUUACUGAGGCAAGAGCAGGAGAUGAUGGUAUUGACGUCAAAGUGACCCCGGGAACAAUUGCAUAUGUGACAACAGGAGGACCAAUACCUGAUGGUGCUGAUGCUGUUGUGCAAGUAGAGGACACUAUACCAGUAGGGAGUGCAGAUCCAAAGCGAGUGCGGAUAUUGAAGCAGGUUGCACAGGGACUUGAUAUCCGGCCAGUGGGUUGUGAUAUUGCCAAAGAUGAUGUAAUUUUGAAACUGGGAGAACGUUUAGGUGCUGCAGAAAUUGGUCUACUUGCCACUGCCGGCAUAGUAGCAGUAAAGGUAUAUCCUACCCCAAAAAUUGCAGUGCUUUCCACAGGCGAUGAACUUGUUGAACCUACAAAUGAGUCUCUAAAACGUGGUCAGAUUAGGGACUCCAACCGUGCCAUGAUCCUUGCUGCUGCGGUUGAGCAGCAGUGUGAAGUUCUUGAUCUUGGUAUAGCUCAUGAUGAUGAAAAAGAAAUUGAGGGGAUUUUGGAGAGAGCAUUUUCCAGUGGAAUAGAUAUCCUUUUAACUUCUGGAGGAGUUUCAAUGGGAGACAGGGAUUUUGUUAAACCUUUACUUGAAAAGAAGGGAAGAGUAUAUUUUCAUAAGGUUUGCAUGAAACCAGGAAAGCCUCUUACGUUUGCCGAGAUCCUUCCUGGAUCAACUGAGGACAGAGCUGAUACCAAGAUUCUUGCUUUUGGUUUACCUGGAAACCCAGUUAGCUGCUUAGUCUGUUUCCAUCUAUUUCUGGUUCCUACAAUUCGACAUCUUUCAGGCUGGGCGCACCCUCACCUUCCAAGAGUACAUGCUCGUCUUAAGCAGUCAAUAAUGGCAGAUCGGGUCCGUCCAGAAUUCCAUCGUGCCACUGUCAGGUGGGAAUUCAAUGGUGUUACAGAUAUUUCGGGGUUUGUUGCUGAGAGCACUGGUAACCAAAUUAGUAGCCGGCUUUUGAGUAUGAAAUCGGCAAAUGCCUUGUUGGAAGUUCCACCCAUGGGCAACCUGAUCCCUUCUGGAACUUAUGUGGUGGCAGUUAUCAUUUCUGAUUUAAUUGGUUUUACUGGGACUAGCAGUUUUCCAUCAUCAAUUCCAGUCAGUAUAACGCAAAGAAGUAAUAGCAGCGAUACAGUUGCGGGCAAGCAUGAAGAUUCUGAGUUUAAAGUGGCUAUUCUUACUGUUAGCGACACGGUUGCAUCAGGGGCGGGGCCUGAUCGGAGUGGUCCACGAGCAGUAUCUGUUGUGAAUUCAUCAUCGGAAAAACUAGGUGGAGCAAGAGUUGCUGCAACAGCAGUUGUUCCAGACGAGAUUCCAAAAAUCAAGGAAGCGCUGGAGAGGUGGAGCGAUGUUGAUAAAAUGGAUCUCAUUCUUACUCUUGGUGGUACUGGAUGCACCCCAAGGGAUGUUACACCUGAAGCUACAAAAGAAGUGAUACAGAAGGAGACACCUGGUCUGCUUUAUGUUAUGAUGCAAGAGAGUUUAAAGGUUACACCUUUUGCAAUGCUGUCGCGCUCUGCAGCUGGAAUAAGAGGAUCGACGUUGAUAAUUAACAUGCCGGGAAAUCCCAAUGCUGUUGCUGAGUGCAUGGAGGCGUUGCUACCUGCACUUAAGCAUGCAUUGAAACAAAUCAAGGGGGAUAAGAGAGAGAAGCACCCUCGGCACAUUCCUCACGCACAAGCCGCUCCUACAGAUACCUGGGAACGCAGCUAUAAGUUGGCUAGUGGUGCUGCUCAGGAAACUGGUUGUUCUUGUUCCCAUUAGUUUCUGAGUUGUAAAUACGGUCCACGUCAAUUGUUGCAUGGACGUUAAGAAACUUGUAAGCCUUUUUCAUGCUAUUCUUGACAAACAUUUUACAGGAACAGGAAUAAAAACAUGGAAACAUUGUUCAA